CACCGGUCCGGCUUCCACCGCGCCCCGCCCCGCUCACCCCAGUGCUAUCACUGACGUGUCUCUCUGUGGAGGUGCUGCGCCCCUUUGCAAGCUGGGCCGAGGCCAGCGUCGCCUCACGCGGACUGUAGUGGAGCAGAAGCAGGACCCGGAGUCCAAGCAGCCACCGCCAUGGCGAUCAAAUUUCUGGAAGUCAUCAAGCCCUUCUGUGUCAUCCUGCCUGAAAUUCAGAAGCCGGAAAGAAAGAUUCAGUUUAAGGAGAAAGUGCUGUGGACUGCUAUCACUCUCUUUAUUUUCUUGGUAUGCUGCCAGAUCCCCCUGUUUGGUAUCAUGUCUUCAGAUUCUGCCGACCCUUUCUAUUGGAUAAGAGUGAUUCUAGCUUCUAACAGAGGCACAUUGAUGGAGCUGGGUAUCUCUCCCAUUGUCACCUCCGGCCUCAUCAUGCAGCUCUUAGCUGGCGCCAAAAUAAUUGAAGUUGGUGACACCCCAAAAGACCGAGCCCUCUUCAAUGGAGCCCAAAAGUUAUUUGGCAUGAUCAUUACCAUUGGCCAGUCUAUUGUGUAUGUGAUGACGGGAAUGUAUGGGGACCCUUCCGAAAUGGGUGCUGGAAUCUGCCUGUUAAUCACCAUUCAGCUCUUUGUUGCUGGCUUAAUUGUCCUACUUUUGGAUGAACUUCUGCAAAAAGGAUAUGGCCUGGGCUCUGGUAUCUCCCUCUUUAUUGCCACUAACAUCUGUGAGACCAUCGUGUGGAAAGCGUUCAGCCCCACCACUGUCAACACUGGCCGAGGGAUGGAAUUUGAAGGUGCCAUCAUCGCACUGUUUCAUCUGCUGGCCACACGCACUGACAAGGUCCGAGCCCUUCGAGAGGCUUUCUACCGCCAGAACCUACCCAAUCUCAUGAAUCUGAUUGCCACCAUCUUUGUCUUUGCAGUGGUCAUCUAUUUCCAGGGCUUCAGAGUGGACCUGCCUAUCAAGUCGGCUCGUUACCGAGGCCAGUACAACACCUACCCUAUUAAGCUCUUCUACACUUCCAACAUUCCCAUCAUCCUGCAGUCUGCCCUGGUGUCCAACCUGUAUGUCAUCUCCCAGAUGUUGUCAGCCCGCUUCAGUGGCAACCUGCUGGUCAGCCUGCUGGGCACUUGGUCUGAUACAUCUUCUGGGGGUCCAGCACGUGCUUAUCCAGUUGGUGGCCUUUGCUAUUACCUGUCCCCUCCAGAAUCUUUUGGCUCCGUGUUAGAAGACCCUGUCCAUGCUGUUGUGUACAUAGUGUUCAUGCUGGGCUCAUGUGCGUUCUUCUCCAAAACAUGGAUAGAGGUCUCAGGCUCCUCUGCCAAAGAUGUUGCAAAGCAGCUGAAGGAGCAGCAGAUGGUGAUGAGGGGCCACCGAGAGACUUCCAUGGUCCAUGAACUCAACCGGUACAUCCCUACUGCCGCUGCCUUCGGGGGGCUAUGUAUUGGGGCCCUCUCCGUCCUGGCUGACUUCCUGGGUGCCAUCGGGUCUGGAACUGGGAUCCUGCUGGCGGUCACAAUCAUCUACCAGUACUUUGAAAUCUUUGUAAAGGAACAGAGCGAGGUCGGCAGCAUGGGGGCACUUCUGUUCUGAGCCAUGUCUCCCCUGGACCAGGAAGAGCCAUGCUAUGGAAUUGCCAAGGAAGGAGGAAUAAUGAAUCCAUCAUGAGGUGCUGCUGUGGCAUGUGGACCUUUGUUUAUUUUUUUAUUUCAUAUGCUUUCAUUCCACUUUAAAAUGCUAGAAAUUUCCAGUUUGAAAUUUUGCUUUUUAUUCUGGCAUUGGCAGUCUAACUGUAGAACUGAGGUUUUAUUCAGCUGAUGGCCAGAGGUUAGAAGGAUAUAUAUCCUCAUGUGUCUGUGUAACAUUUGUUUUAAACUUUGCUCCUUCUCAGUGCCAUAGGUGGCUGCGGUGAUCCCACCUGUUCCCCAACAAGGGAGUGUCUUAUUGGUUAGAAGCACAAACGUUGAAAGGACUAGGUUUCAUUGUACUGGCAGGGUGUGAGGCUAGGAGUUGACCAUGUGUUUUCUGGUAGAUGUGGGUGACUCACUAGCAUGUUGCCUCAUGGUCAGGGGUAGGAACAACUGUUUAAAAUUUGUUCUCUGGAAGAUACAGUUGUCUUUUCCUUUUUAAAGUAAUUUUUUAGGACAGAGCUACUUUUAAAAGAGAGGGAUGAAUUUCCUCACAGACACUCUUGGUCUGUCUAUUCCUUUUUCCUCUGGUGAGGCUGGGAUUCUUCAGCUUUAUAAAAUUGUGCCUGGCCAAACUAGGCAAACAUGUGGAAGACCCCUGAAGUGAUGUUUGUCCAGUUGUCAGUGGACCUGGUCCUCUGUAGUUCCUUGACUCCUCACUCAGCCCUAGCAAAAGGAGGCACUGAGGCAGGUGCUCAGACAUGAAAAGACAGUGACUUACUUGGUAUUCAGAGGCCACCACUACCCUCUAGACUGAAAACUUCCCACUUGUAUUUUCUAGAACAGAUAGCAAAAUGACCUCUACAGGAGUUAUUUUUAUUGCACUUAGGACCAAACACAAGUACGGUAAAUGACAAGAUGCCACUGAUCUCCUCUCAACUUCCCCAGAAGAGAAGGGUGCAGGCCCUAGAGCUGUGAUGCAGUCAGGGCCAGAGAGAUUGUGUUUUUUGUAAGCUGUUCUAAUGUUUGAUAUAAAAAGACUGACAAUUAUGUGUAAAAUAAGUUCUGUUUGAAAGAACAGGUGGUCUAGAUCUGAGGAAUUAGAAUCUUUUCUAUGGCCUUUGGGAGUCCCUCUCAAGGGAUUGGAACCUGGUAGUGCUUGGUAGCAGGGGCAGUAGAGUUAGGAGUGCCCAACUCUGAAGGACUCUUGCUAGAGGGUGCCCCAGUUCUAAGAAGGGAACACCAUGGGUAAAUGCAGCCCUGUUGGAGAGAGAUGUCCCACCAAUAGCGGGUACACAGUGGCCUCCAAAGCACAGAGACAUGGUCAUAAUUCGGUAGAAGUGGCAAGCUUGACACCUGGUCAAGUGGGCUCCUAGGAGUCCUCACUGGCAGUGUUAACCAGAAAGCAGACUGACCAAGGAACAAGAAACAGCUUGUUUAAAACCACCCAGCAAAUCAGCUAUAGAACCAGGAUGGGCCUGGCUGGUCUGUCUACCCCCCAGUCCAGGGUGUACAACCAUAUCACACGUGGCCUUGUCAGAACCGGUCCUGAGCCAAGACCUGAUGCCUCCCCUAUACUUAGUCUGCUCAGCUCAAUCCGUGGGAAUGCUGCAGCCUCUGGCAGGCAGGGCAGCAGUCCCCAGGCUUAUCGGCAGUGAUCUGGAGAGUGCUGGGCCUCAUCAGGACCCCCAGAGUCCUGCCUACAGCCUGUAAUCAUCAGUGGGGCCUGUGAGGCCUGUGCUCAUGCCCUGUGGUUAAUGACCAUAGUGGAUGGGGGCUGACUCUAGCCUCCAGGGACUGUCACUGUGGACACCAAAAUGGCAUUACUGAGAUAAGGUGAAAAUGUAACAAAUAAAGCCAACUUUUUACAAGCCA